CAGGAGUGCAAGUCAUCCAAUGCUGAGGAACCGAAACAGUCCGAAAUUUGGCGACUCUUCAGAGAAGCUCAGAAGAAUAUUCUACACUUGAACCAACAUCGUCUUAAGGCGGUAGAAGAUCUUAACAAAAUCAACAUAGAGAAACAACUGUUGGUUGAUAGGAUAGAGCAAUUGGAGCUGGAAAAGCAGACUGCUGUUGCAAAACCUCAAGAUAGGCUAUCAAUGUUUUGGGAGAUACUCCUUCGGAUAGACUCAAUGGUCCUCAUGGGAAUGGUUACCACUGCAGAGGCAUCUAAUUUGAGAAGGCUGGUCAUGGAUCACAAAGUUAGCGUAGCUGAAGUAUUUAACGACACCCUGCAGAAGAGUGAUGCUGAGAUUUUAGCAGAACUCCGUCAUUUCUCUGAGAGAAACCCAAGGAAUGGAUUUCACAUUGUACAUGUAUGCACGGAAAUGGCACCACUGGUCUCUGUUGGAUCUUUGGCUUCAUAUGUGACAGGUUUGUCUUGUGCACUACAAAGGAAGGGGCAUUUGGUGGAGGUGAUACUUCCAAAGUAAU